CUCUCUCACACACACACACACACACACACACACACACACAGACCUACCAGCAGUCAGAAAGUCUUAGGGAAAGUAGUUUAGUGGUGAAGACAGAGGUUCUCUGCUUUUAGCUUGGUGUCUAGUACAGUUCCAGCAGGAUGGCGGCUUACGAGGAAAAGAAAAACUCUUGUGGAACAGUAUGCCUUAAAUACCUGCUGUUCAUCUUCAAUCUGCUUUUCUGGUUGUCUGGGGGUACUGUGAUGACAGUGGGACUCUGGACUCUAGUGGAUAAGAGUGACUACAUUAGUCUGCUGUCCUCCAGUACAUAUUCAUUUGCUGCUUACAUCCUGAUCGCGGCGGGAGCCGUUGUCAUGCUCACUGGAAUCCUUGGCUGCUGUGCAACCAUUAAGGAGAACAAAAGACUUCUGAUAGUGUUCUUUGUACUGCUGCUGUUGAUAUUCCUGCUGGAGAUCACUGCUGGAGUUUUGGCCUAUUGGUAUCAUCAUGAGCUGAAUGAUGAGCUGAGAGCAGACCUGAAAGAGACCAUGGUGCAGAAGUACCAGCAGCCUGAUCAGGAGCACAUCACCAGAGCUGUGGACAAACUCCAACAGGAUCUGAAGUGCUGUGGCAGUAACAGCUCGGCAGAUUGGCAGGACGGAGCCUGGAUACACACGGUUGCGGACAGACGGCUUGUACCUGACAGCUGCUGCAAGACCCCUACUGUUCGCUGUGGAGUGAGAGACCACCCAUCCAAUAUCUACAAAGUAGAGGGUGGUUGUAUUUCUAAAUUAGAGGAGUUCAUUCUUCAGCACUUGCUGAUAUUAGGCGCCGUGGGUGUUGGAAUCGCAUUCCUACAGAUUUUAGGAAUGCUCUUUACCUGCUGUCUGUAUCGAAGUUUAAAAGAAGAGCCUUACUAAGACCGUGCAUCCUGUACUCAAACACCAAAAAAAAACCCCACACGCACAUGGUUCUCACACAUUUUACAUUUGCCUUUAUCUUCUUCUAGUGCUGCUAUGCAAUGUAAAUAUUUUGUGUAAAUGUGGUGAAGGACAGCAGACCAUAGCAAUAUAUUUUGGCUGAAGGCUGUCAUUUUAAAAAGGAAAAGCAUAUGAAUGAUUGAAACUGCUAUGCGUGUGGCCUAUGAUGAACCAAUUUGAUUUAUAAUACUGGUUCAUCAUAGGCCUGACUCAGCCUUGAAGUGCAUGAUGGUCAUUGGAUGAGAUGUUAUCCCUGCAUCUGCUUCUUUACUUCACAUACUGCAUUAACUGUAUUCGUUCCCAUAUCUCUGUCUGCUCUAAAGAUUGUCUUGCUAAAAAAAAUCCAGCUUGGUCUGACCAGCUACCAGCUUUCAAAAAUGCAGGCCAAGCUGAUCAAGCUGGUAGACCAUCUUUGCAUUUUUGCCAGGUGGCAAGUUAUUUUUCCAGCUUCCUUAUUACUUGACUAAAUUAGUAAAUACAUAGAUGUGAGAUUUUCUAAUUCCUGUACUGUGUUAUUUUCAUAAAAAAACAAAAACAACUUGUCUAUUAUGUUGCGUUAGUAGUGGUAGUUCAGAGACUAUAUUCAUCUACCAGCAUUUACCAAGCCUGACCAGCUUGGGCUGUGUUUUGGUACCUCCAUGCUGGGAAAAAAAAACCAGAGAAACAAUAGAAACCAUUGCAGAAAUUCUAAUGGGUUCCACUACAAAUACCAUUAAAAACCAUCAGCUGUUAAACAUUAAAACCAUGACCAAAUGGUUUCCCUUACUUAGUAGGAAGUAUUAAGGAUGUAGGUCCUUAAUGGUAUCCACUAGACAUAACAUGCCACUAAUAGAAGGCAACAAAUUACCAGUAGAGACCCACAGGGACCAUUACAGUUUCCAUUAAAACCAAUACAAUUCUCUUUAUAACCAUUAAAACAAUUACAAAUUCUAUGAGGGUUUCUAUUUUUUUUUUUCAGCAGGGCUGGGACAUGGUCAGACCAAGAUGAAUUUUUCAGUGGGGUAGCUUUAUAUGAAACAAAAGUUCAUGACUAAUUCACCUUAAUUUAAGUGAUUAGGACAUUAGAAAAGAACAUUAGAAAGGACAUUGCUUUGCACUGCUACUUAAAUAUAUUUAAAAUGUAUUUUUGAAUUGACCUGUAAAUUCUAUAACCGAGUAAACAGUAAAAAAUAAAUCUAUAUUUCACAACAUGUAUGCUUGGAUUGUGUCCUGUCAGUUAUAAAUCAAUUUGGAUGAAAGCUUUUGUUAUGUGAAUAAAUGUAAUGUAAAAUAUAAGUCUACAUUAUGAACAUCAUGUUUGGAGUGGAUUGAAACAGUCCUCCAAUUUAUGCAACAUUCGUCUGCAAAAUC